UCGGCGAGGCGCACCGUUGGCGGUGCGAUGACACCGCGCCGAGAACCCACCGAGUCGUAGUGUCGUCGAUCCGCCGCCAAUUCCGACGGAAUUCGGGAGUGCGUCGCCGUGCGGCGUGCACGAGACGGCGAUGUCGGGCCGGCCCGUUCCCUACCGAACCCUGCCGUUCCUCGAGCCCCGGUCGGUCGGCUUCACCUGACGUCGAGGUGCCGGAAGACCGAGCAUGGGAUCGACUAGUUGAAGCGAGUGAGAGGAUGAGAGCCGCCUGGUCGUUCCGACGAACGCGCGUCGAACAGCUCCUGGCCGAGGCGCCGCCGUAGCGAGAGAUAGCGAUUUCGAGUACCAGUAGACAGUCAAGGCUAACUCCGCGGACAUGGAGACCGUCACGAGAGAGCCUCUGCAGGAGUGGAGGAAACCGCUGGUCAAGGACCUGAACGACCAUAUCGUCUGUCCCCUGUGUCGAGGAUACCUCAUAGAUGCCACCACUCUCGCCGAGUGCCUGCACUCGUUUUGCAGAGGGUGCAUAGCGAGGCGACUCAGGAGCGGCGUCCGCGCUUGUCCGGUGUGCAGCACGGAAGCGUUGUCGCCGCUGAUGCCGGACGCGAGCCUUCAGCGGCUGGUCUACUUGAUAGUUCCUGGUCUGUUCCGUUCGGAGCUCGAACGGCGGACGCGGUUUCGAGCUACGAACCCGCAGUGCCCCCCUCCGACGCCUCUCCAUGGCGGUCUCGAACUGACCCUGGACGACAUAGUGAGCCUCAGCCUCCACGAAAUCCCUCGGCGCGGUUUCGGCUCUUCGGGGACCGAGGAUCCUAAUGAGGGACCUGGCGAGGAGGACGCCGAGGAAGUCGUCGAGGAGGAGGACGCCGAUGAUAACGGCGGAGGGGGGAUGGAGAGGAAGGAGAACCGACUCGGAGAGACCAGGUACCUUAAGUGCCCCGCGGGGGUGACCGUUCGCCACCUCGUGAGGCUGCUGAUGCUGAAGAGAGGGUGGGACAACCGCGAGAGCGAGUCGAGCCUCUCCAACGGGAUAGAGAUGCUGUGCGUGGACACGAGCAAGUGCCAAGAGGGGAAUUCGGCGGACAGGAAGCGAGCCCUGCACCCACUCGACCCCUCCUGGACUCUUCUCGACCUGGCCUGCAUCUUCCGGUGGAACCGCGAGUCGCCGAUGAAGCUGUACUACCGCAUCGCGAUCAAGGAUGAGGUCUGCGAGCCCGCUGGGAAGGCCUCCUCGGAGAGCGGCGCCAGUCUCGCGAUGGAGCAUCUCCAAAGGCCGCUGACUCCACCGCCGAGCCCGAAACCGCUGCCGAGUUUUGGCCUUCCCUGCCCUCCUGAUAAUCCUCUUCGGGUCCGCUCGCCUCCACCGAAGGCGGACCCAGAGGAGGCGAGGAAACCUCGCUGUGAGGUCACCCCUGUGAUGAGGGUGCCGGGUCUUUUGAGGAGCCCGCUCGCGAAGGGCUCCUCCAGGUCGAAGAUUAGGCUACCUGCGCCGCUUCCACUGCCACCCCCGCCACCACCACCGGUUCAGCGGAAGAGACGCAAGCGGAGGAACAAGCGCGUCAUCGCCGAGAUCACGACGACGCCCAGGGAGGACCUGCUCAAGCUGAAGGUCAGGCUGACGCCGCGGCCUCCGAGGAUCACGUCGAGUGGCGCAGGCCAGGUUGGGCAGGUGGCCAAGGAGAAGCUCCUGGAGAUGCGAGCCGUCAGGAGAGAGAAGCCGAAACCUUCGCCUGGCGAGUGGUACCAGCCGGAACGCCAGGAGGUCGUUGAAGAGACCGCCGAAGAGACUGUCGAAGAACCUGUACAGGAGACCGUGGAAGAGACCAUCGAGGAGAUCACAGAUGGGAUACCGGACGAGGUUGUGAGGAUCACUCAAGGCUUGGACCCACAGCCAGAGAAGAAAGAGGCUUCGCCAGGUGAACCUGGACCCAAAACAACCCAGGCGAGCGAUGGGCAGGAGUCCAAGUCGAAGCGGAAGGACGAAGAACUUCUCCGGCGGUUGGGACUGGUCGCUGUUGGCGAGGCCAACGACUCGGUCCGGGAGAAAACCAGGAUCGAGUACGCGGAUAGGUGCAGGCUGGAGAGACAAUUGCGGGAGAGCAAGGCGAACAGAGUCAAGAGUCUGAUGGCCGAGAAGCAGAUGCGCGACGCCUUGAAGACCAUCAUGUCCAGGGCCAGCGAGAGGGAGAGCCACGAGGUGGGCCCAAGUCCGAACCAGAAGAGGAAAGGGCCACCUCCCUUGGCGCCGUUGCACCUGGUUAAGCAGCCCAUCAAGCAGCCAGCUAACAAGUAUGCGGUUGCAAACGAGUCCACGUCGACGAGGACCAACGAGGCUCCCCUGGACCUGAGCAGUGGUCUCAAGAAUAACGACGUCCUGGACCUGUCCUCGGGUCCGGCCGAGGCUGAGGCUAUCUCUACCGGCCAUCGGUCCAUCCCGACCGUCUCUCUUCAAAGGCAGAAGUCGGAGAACUCGAACCUGAAGACUCUGUCGGACACGGCCGUGUCCUUGCUGAGUGGCUGCAACGAAAACCUCUCUCGGCCGAAAACUGGCCUGGGCACCCUGCCCGGCAAGGUCUCACUGAGGAUCCCUCAGCCCCACCAAAGAAUGCCUGGGUUCGGCAUCAAGAUCAAGCCUAAUCUUGGAGUUAGACACAUACCCAACCCUCAGGCUGUCGUUGCAUCGCAGUACAGGAAUCAGAGGGCCAAUGCGUUUGAGGCCGCUCAGCGGUUGACGUAAUGACAACGCCAGUUCCCAGGCUUCCCUUGAAGAUGCUGUCCUUUCGGGAGAGCGCAGACGAUCUUCCCCUUCGAGCUUGAAAAAAAAAAUCGGUCCAGGCUCGGAGAUAGUUUGACCAUUUCCUAUAUGUUUACCUCCUUUUGGAAUCUCUUGUGUCUCGUGGUGGAGGCAUUUCUCAACGGGGGGUGCAUUAAUUCCAGACGUACCACUUGGUGUCUUGGUGUCUUCGGGGCGGAAACUUUGUCCCCGGUCUAGGCAGGUAACGUACCCAAAAUGAGGAGCGAGGUCGGUCUUGGUGUCCAUUCACUUGCUCAUCGUGUCUGUAUGGAGAAAAGGUACUCGAGUUUAGAUACUUUUCAGGGGAUUUCUUCGGAAUGGGUGCAAUAUACAUGUAGAUAGCUUUAAAGGGUAGAGAGACGUCUCGCUGGGGGUUUUGUGAACUCGAGACUAUUCUCACGAGUGCAAUAUAUUAUUGAAUAGCUACCGAGGGAGAAACGUACCGAGGAGAGAGUUUGGUCCGAGUCAUCGAGAGCAACUACUGAAAUGGAAUUUUUGUAUAUUUAUCUCAUAGCAUGGUUUCCCGAGUAGCGCUCUUCUCGCACGCACGCCGCAACAGUAUCUAGAGUCAUUAAAUAAUUUGGUUGCGCGUUCGUGCAAAUAUACACGCAUUAGUCAUGGAGGAAGGUGUCAACGGUAGAGACUUGACUGGUAGAGUUGACGAAAGUACUGAAUUUUUCUCUACGUCUAAUAGAGGAAGAAGAAAAAAAAAAAAUCGUUGGCCAAGAGGGUAGAAAUUUCUGCAGGUUCAUUUCUCAUUAACCAGUGCACCGUUUUUAGUAUUAACUCUAAUCAUUGUACUCUAAGUAUAAUGUUCGUGACUCGUUAAAAUCCUCAUAGGCAAGAGAAUGCAAAUUAUGUUGAAGCGCGUACGUGGGCGACUUUCGUCCUCGUACGCGCGGUCGGGGGUCACUCUCGUGAAUUACUGCAAUGUUUAAUAUUAUGAUAUUAAAUAUUGAUAUUUACAAUGCCAAAGGAUACUAGUGAACGCGUAUAAUGUUCUAAUUGUGAUUUGGGUGCUAGAAAUAAACGUGAUAAAUUUAUUACUCACGGAUGUGUAUCGUUUUUUGUUAGAAAUUAAAAGAAUGUAUAAUGUAUCGAUAAUUUGAGUAACGAAAAGUGGAAC